ACUGGCAGCCAUGGCGGAGCAUGGAGCCCAUUUGACAGCUGGACUGUCGGCAAGCUCCGGCCGACUAUCCAUCUUCGAAGUAGUGGCUCAAGAUACGUUGAUGUCGGCCGUUAGACCGGCGGUACAUCACUUGUGCAAGGUACUUGUGGAAUCCAACCCGGCUCGUUAUGGUUUUCUUUGGCGUUGGUUUGAUGAAAUCUACACUCUGUUGGACUUCUUGCUUCAGCGUCACUAUUUGUCUCGAACUAGUGCUUCCUUCUCCGAAAACUUUUAUGGUCUGAAAAGAAUUCCAAUUGGCCGAGGAAUGUGCAGACUAGCAAGCCAUGGACUCCCACGGGCCCAGCAUUGGCGGUCUCUGUUAAUGAUAGUUGCUGUUCCAUAUAUAAAAGUCAAAUUAGACAGACUGUUUGCCAGGCUGAGAGAGGAAGACGAUUAUGCUAUUCAUCUCCCAGAAUCACCUCGGAAGCGCUUAUACAAGGCUUUCCUUGCAGCAUAUCCCUUUGUGAACUUGGGAUGGGAGGGAUGGUUCUUCAUCUAUCGACUCUUGUACAUCUUUGGAAAAACACAUUUCCACUCACCACUUCUGCGAGUGGCUGGUGUCCGCUUGGGAAACCUGACCUAUGCGGAUUUGCAGAGUUUUGACCAAAGGUCCUCUUCUGUGAGCAGAUCUCCCGUCAGUACAAGUGUGCUUGGAAAGCUGUCUGCCUUCUUUGGUAAUGCCCUGAGUGGUGCUGCUGUCUCUCUUUCAACUGGUGUAUCAGUGGGCAUCUUCUUCUUGCAGUUUCUUGAAUGGUGGUAUUCAUCUGAAAAUCAGGACACAAUUAAAUCCCUUUCCUCCCUCCCAACUCCUCCCCCACCAGUGCACUUUGAUAGGUUGACAAAUGAUGCUUUGCCCAAGCUGAAGACUAUAUGUCCUAUAUGCAACAAAGCCCGGAUUAAUGAUACGGCUUUGGCAACCUCUGGGUAUGUCUACUGUUAUCGAUGUAUUUACAACUACGUAAAACGCCAGCAGCGAUGUCCUGCAACAGGCUAUCCUUCUGAACUGCAGCAUCUUGUAAAGCUCUACUCUCCAGAAGCAUGAAGACAACAGAUCCAUCGAUUAAACCAUUGGCUCAUUGGAAGUGUACUCUUUAAGUGCACUCUAGUGGCUAUCUGAAUUGUUGGCAAUAAACUGCUGGAGGAGUUCAGCAGGUCCAGCUGCAUCUGAAGGAGGAAGAGAACUGUCAAUGUUGCAGGUCACAAUUCUGCAUCAGGACUGGUGAAUUAUUGUUUGAUUUGGUGAACUGUAUUGUGCAAGUUUCUGCUGAAGUCCCUGCGGCCAGUAUCAGUUGUGCCACUGUAAUUGUUAAUCGCUUUGCUUUUCCCAGCUUGUUCUGUUCUCCUUAAAGUUGUUGACUUCUGUUACUUUCCGCCCAGGUGAGCAUUCACUUAUGAGGAUGGAGAGCAUAUUGAUCCCCAAUGUCAAAUGCACUAAUGCCCACCCCUAUGCAACUUUUUUUAGCAAGUUACAGAUGAUCAUAGAGUCCUACAGCAUGGAAACAUAUCCUUCCGUCCAGUGAGUCUGUGCCAACCAUCAGGUGCUCAUUUUAUUGCCCCUCUCCCUACAUACCCAUCAAUCCCUGUAAAUUCUACCACUCACCUACACACAGGGGCAAUUUGCUGUGGCAGAGCAUUAGGAAGAAGCCUACAUCUGGUGCAAGGUCAUACAGCCAACACUAGAGAUCAGGAUCGUGCCUGUUUCAGUAGAGCUGCAGGGCUACAGCUCUACUAACUCAUGAUCAUUAGACCUGGCUGCAAAUACCGCUUGCAGAAGCCCCUUUACCAUCCCAGGUUGGGUUAGCUAAAGCAGCCUGGACCAGAAAUCAGACUCCCGAGCUCUGCUCUGCUUUUGGAGAAGCAGUGGUGAUGGGAUGUGGUGGCUGGUAGGAGAUGAGGUUAAUUAACUUCAUCUUGAAGCCAGUUAAAGGAUAUUCUGCACACUGACAGGAGAAAAUGAGAACUACUUGUCAUACUUCUUCAAAUUCAUAUUAAUUGAGUUUUUGAAUAACAUUACUGAAUUUUUAAUACAUGAUUUAGAAGUUAAUCAGAAGAUCAAGGGAAUGUAUCAGUUGAGCAAAAAGUCACAUUUUUACAUGGCAGGAAAUGCUCCUAAAAUGUAAGAUUUUGCUUCGCCUGGAUUAAAUCAAGCUUUACUUAUCUACUUUAUAUGAGUACAGUACUACCUCAUAUUUUGAAGUGUUGCCUUCUCAGACAUCAUGUUAAAUUAAGUUUAAUUUUGGAAAUAAUUAUGCAAUAAUAUGUUAGGAUAAUUGCAAACGUCUGCUAUCAGGUUGUAUACUCAUUAGAUUUUGUUAAAAUUUGGUGGUUUAAUAAUAUUUUGCAAAGUUAUACAUGAUUAAAAAGUAUAUUAUAAAAUAAGCUGAUAAAAUAUGAUUGAUAAAUAAACCAGUAACGUAAAAACAGAAUUAAACUACUUGUGACUGCUGUCAGGGC